UGGUCAGAUGGCGUAUCUAAAAUGCGCCUAGCCGUAUCCCCCGAAAUACGGCCGGUGGCUGCUCUCAUUCUUCUCUCUGCUUCCGCGUAACUGAAGCGUCUAGUCUAACUUUCUCCAGAAAAGAAACAAGAUCGUAUCAAAAUGCCAGAAACGGAAGAAGAGAUGGGUAUGUCAGUUCGUCUAACGAACGACGAUUUCCGAAAACUCCUGAUGACACCAAGGGCAUCGGUGCCAUCAGCUACUCCAGCAUCUGUACCAGGUACAGCACGAGAUGCCAGUGCAAAGACUGCCCAAACUCCUACAGUUAGUGGAGGCAGCCGUGCUGAAUUGCGUAGAAAAAAGAAGAGCUUCUACGCAAAGUUGAAAAAACAGGAAGAGGAUAAGAUGGCAGAGCUAGCAGAGAAGUAUAGGGACCGAGCAAGAGAACGCAGAGAUGGCACCAACCAGGAUUAUCAAGCCGAAGAUCCUAUGAACAGUGCUAGUGCUUACAGAGCCGUUGCACCAGAUUUAAAAUCUGGCAUGGAUGCUGCAGAGCGUAGGAGACAAAUGAUCCAGCAGUCUAAGUUCUUAGGUGGUGACAUGGAACAUACUCAUUUGGUCAAGGGUUUGGAUUAUGCUCUUCUACAAAAGGUACGCAGCGAGAUUGAGGCCAAGGAACACGAGCAAGAGCAGGAAAUGGAAAAGCUGGUAAAGCCCAAAGAGAAGGUAAAGAAAGAACCGGAGAAGAAAGAUGACGAGAUGCAAUUUAAGACAAAACUCGGCCGGACAGUCUACAAAACCGUUAUGACUAUGAAGUCUAAACAGAUCGAAAGGAAUGAACUAUUCACACCGGGUCGUAUGGCGUACGUGAUUGAAUUGGAUGAUGAGAAUGCCGAUGUCGAUAUACCGACAACCUUAAUCAGGAGCAAGGCAGAUGUACCGACCAUCGAUAACACACCUACUCUUACGACCAACGACAUUGUCAUCAAUAAGCUGGCGCAAAUUUUGUCAUAUCUACGUCAAGGUAGUCGCCACAGCAAGAAAGGCAAGAAGCCGAAAGACAAUGCGCCACGAUCGACCGCACGCGGUGACGAGUUGAAUGACAUGGACAUACAACCGCGACCAUCACAGCCGGAUGACAGCAUCUACGGCGAUAUCGGCGAUUACGUGCCGACCGUGACCAGCAAGAAAGAUAGCACACAACUACGCGAGAAGAAGAAGGGCUCUUCGUACUUCGACAAGCCGCUCGAGCCGAACUUGGACACCGAUGACAAGGCAAAUGCGCCACAAUUGCCACAGAGCAAUGCUUUACCGCAACAGAAUGGCAAUGCUACGGCGGCGGACGGCAACGCGCCGAAGAAGGGUGCGUUGUUGAACAAACUAGCUGCUGAACCGGAAGGUUACGCCGAGUGUUAUCCUGGAUUAGACGAAAUGCAGGACGCCAUCGAUGAUUCCGACGAUGAGGUAGAUUAUACAAAAAUGGAUCUGGGCAAUAAGAAGGGCCCGAUCGGUCGUUGGGAUUUUGAUACGCCCGAGGAGUACAGCGAAUACAUGAAUAAUAAGGAAGCGCUACCUAAGGCAGCCUUUCAAUACGGCGUAAAAAUGGCCGAUGGUAGACGUACUAGAAAGUACAAUAAGGAGAAGAACGAGAAGGCCGAGCUCGAUCGAGAGUGGCAGAAGAUUCAAAAUAUUAUGAAUAAGAGAAAACCGUCAGCAGCGGCCGAUAGUGCGCCCGAAUUCAAAGUACCGCGGUAUUGAACUAUCAACUUUGUUAUAUUUGUUGUAUAUUUUGUUUUUGACUUUGUAUCGCGUAGCCGAAGAUUUUGGAAGUUUACGAUAUUUACUAUCAUUCUUAACUACAGCUAAACUCCGACAUCAUAAGUAAGAACAAAUUACUUUGUAAAGUAAUUACAAUCUAAAAAUUUAUUUAUAAACUUGUAAGUCUUGCGAUUUAAUUUUAUUGUUGUAAAUACGUAGAACGACUGUUUCCACAUAGAUUCUCCUUUAUAGCUUUUUACAAGUAACUUUUUACAGAUAGCAUGUAAAUUGUAAUUAAAUUACAACAGAAUAAGUACGCAGAAGGUUAGGUUAGGUUAGGUUAGUUCAAUUAGUUAAGUAUUAAAUUGUGUAUAUGUAUGUAUUAAUUAUAUAGAGAGUGACAGCGCAGUCUGAAUAAUGUAAGCAAGACAGUUGUAUAUGUUGUAUUAUAAACGGGAUCAAGAAAUAUAAAUAAAAAAUGAAAAAAAGAAUGAAAA